AUGGAGUUUGUGCGCGCGCUGUGGCUCGGCCUGGCGCUGGCGCUGGGGCCCGGGCCCGCCGGGGGCCACCCGCAGCCGUGCGGGGUCCCUGCGCGCCCGGGGGGCUCCGUGCGCCUGGGCGUCCUCCUGCCCCGCGCGCCCGCCGCCCGCGCCCGCGUCCGCGCCGCCCUGGCCCUGGCCCCCGCCCUGGCGCCGCGGCUGCCGCGCAACCUGAGCCUGGAGCUGGUGGCUGCCGCCGCCCCCGCCCGAGACCCCGCCUCGCUGGCCCGCGGCCUGUGCCGGGCGCUGGCGGCUCCGGGCGUGGCGGCCGUGCUCGCCUUCCCCGGGGCGCGGCCCGAGCUGCUGCAGCUGCACUUCCUGGCGGCCGCCGCCGAGACCCCCGUGCUCAGCGUGCUGCGGCGGGAGGCGCGCGAGCCCCUGGGCGCCCCGAACCCGUUCCACCUGCAGCUGGACUGGGCCAGCCCCCUGGAGACGCUGCUGGACGUGCUGGUGUCGGUGCUGCGGGCGCACGCCUGGGAGGACGUCGGCCUGGCGCUCUGCCGCGUGCGGGACCCUGGCAGCCUGGUGGCCCUGUGGACAAGCCGGGCUGGCCGAGCCCCGAAGCUCGUGCUGGACCUGAGCCGGCCGGCCGCGGGCGAUGUGGGGCUGCGGGCGCGCCUGGCCCCGCUGGGGGCGGCGGCGGGGGGCGCGGUCCCGGUCCCCGCGGCCGUCCUCCUGGGCUGCAAGGCCGCCCGCGCCCUCCGCGUGCUCCGGGCUGCGCCCCCGGGGCCCCGCUGGCUGCUGGGCACGCCGUUGCCCGCCCAGGCUCUGCCCACCGUGGGGCUGUCGCCCGGGCUGCUGGCGCUGGGCGAGGCGGCGCGGCCCCCGCUCGAGGCCGCCGUCCUCGACGCCGUGGAGCUGGUGGCCCGGGCGCUGGGCAGCGCGGCCCGCGUGCAGCCAGAGCGAACCCUCCUCCCAGCCGCGGUCGACUGCGGCGCCCCGCCACCAGCUGGGUCCGAGUCCUCGGGCCGUUUCCUGGCGCGGUUCCUGGCCAACACGUCCUUCCAGGGCCGCACGGGGCCCGUGUGGGUGACCAGCUCCUCCCAGGUGCACAUGUCCCGGCGCUUCCAGGUGUGGACCCUCCGCCGGGACCCGCGGGGUGCGCCGGCCUGGGCCACCGUGGGCAGCUGGCGUGAUGGGCGGCUGGAGCCGGAACCGGGGAGCAUGGCCGUGCGACCCCCACCCCCGCCGGGCGCCCGGGCCCGGCCCCGGCUGCGCGUGGUGACGCUGGUGGAGCACCCGUUCGUGUUUGCCCGCGAGCCGGACGAGGACGGGCAGUGCCCGGCUGGCCAGCUGUGCCUGGCGCCCGGCACCAACGACUCAGCCGCCCUGGACGCGCUGUUCGCGGCGCUGGCGGCCGGCUCGGUGCCCCGCGGCCUGCGAAGGUGCUGCUACGGGUACUGCAUCGACCUGCUGGAGCGGCUGGCGGAGGACGCGGCCUUCGACUUUGACCUCUACAUCGUGGGCGACGGCAAGUACGGCGCCCUGCGCGACGGCCGCUGGACCGGCCUGGUGGGCGACCUGCUGGCCGGCCGGGCGCACAUGGCCGUCACCAGCUUCAGCAUCAACUCGGCGCGCUCGCGGGUGUUGGACUUCAGCAGCCCCUUCUUCUCCACCAGCCUGGGCAUCCUGGUGCGCGCGCGGGACACGGCCUCGCGCCUGGGCGCCUUCACGUGGCCGCUGCACUGGUCCAUGUGGCUGGGCGUCUUCACGGCCCUGCACCUCACCGCGCUCUUCCUCACGCUGUACGAGUGGCGCAGCCCCUACGGCCUCACGCCCCGCGGCCGCAACCGCGCCACCGUCUUCUCCUACUCCUCGGCCCUCAACCUCUGCUAUGCCAUCCUCUUUGGCCGCACGGUGUCCAGCAAGACGCCCAAGUGCCCCACGGGCCGCCUGCUCAUGAACCUCUGGGCCAUUUUCUGCCUGCUCGUGCUGUCCAGCUACACCGCCAACCUGGCCGCCGUCAUGGUCGGCGACAAGACUUUUGAGGAGCUGUCGGGGAUCCACGACCCCAAGCUGCACCACCCGUCCCAGGGCUUCCGCGUGGGCACCGUGCGGGAGAGCAGCGCCGAGGCCUACAUCAAGGCGAGCUUCCCCGAGCUGCACGCGCACAUGCGGCGCCACGGCGCGCCCACCACGCCCCACGGCGUCGCCAUGCUCACGAGCGACCCCCCCAAGCUCAACGCCUUCAUCAUGGACAAGGCGCUCCUGGACUACGAGGUGUCCAUCGACGCCGACUGCAGGCUGCUGACCGUGGGCAAGCCCUUCGCCAUGGAGGGCUAUGGCAUCGGCCUCCCCCAGAACUCGCCGCUCACCUCCAACCUGUCUGAGUUCAUCAGCCGCUACAAGUCGUCAGGCUUCAUCGACCUGCUGCAUGACAAGUGGUACAAGAUGGUGCCUUGUGGGAAGAGGGUCUUCGCAGUUACAGAGACCCUCCAGAUGGGCAUCUACCACUUCUCGGGGCUCUUCGUGCUGCUCUGCCUCGGCCUGGGCAGCGCCCUGCUGAGCUCUCUGGGCGAGCACGUCUUCUACCGCCUGGCGCUGCCGCGCAUCCGCAGGGGCAACAAGCUGCAGUACUGGCUGCACACGAGCCAGAGGAUCCACCGCGCCCUCAACACGGAACCGCCCGAGGAGCCGGAGCCCAGGGCUCCCGAGGAGCAGCGGGACACGCCGGCCGCCCCCGCGGGUCCCGGGCGCUGCACACGGGUGCGCGGGGCCGUGGCGCGGGAGCGUCGCGUGCGCUUCCUGCUGGAACCGGCAGUGGCCGCCGCCGCCCCGGACGCGGACGCGGACGCCGACACCGACACCGACGCGGCCGGGUCGCCCGAGGGCCCCGUCUGGCUCCGCUCCAAUGGCCGCCCGCUCGCCGCACCGCCCACGGGCGCCCCCGGGCCCAGCGAGCGGGAGGCGGGCCCGGCGGAGCUGGAGGCGCUGGAGCGGCGCAUCGCGGGCGCGCGGGAGCGGCUGCGCCGGGCGCUGGCGCGGCGCGGGGAGCUCCUGGCCCAGCUCGGGGACGGCGCCCGCCACCGGCCGCUGCGCCUGCUCCGGGCCCGCGCGGAGGGGCCCCGGGCCGCCCGGUGACCGCGGGGAGCACGCCCCGCCGGCCCGCGCCUGCGCAGAAGCCAGCCCGCCCGGGAGCCGGCCCCGGGCCCUCCUCAACUCUCCCCCCGCACGCUCGCACACGCACGCGCACACCGAGCCGCCGGCGGGCCGCUGUCAGCAGUUUAUUCUAUAUACAAACACAAUUUUGUUCACUGCAAUUAAAUAGAGUGGAAUGAG